AUGGGCCGUCGAGUGAUUUCUGUUAUAGGCACCACCGGCGUGGGCAAGUCGCAGUUUGCCGUCGAGCUUGCGCGUGCAAUUGACGGUGAGAUUAUCAACGCCGAUUCCAUGCAGAUGUACCGCGGCUUGGACCAGAUCACCAAUAAACAUCCUGUUAACGAACGCUACGGAGUGCCUCACCAUGUGAUGGACCAUGUGGCCUGGGACGCGGAGUACUACAUCCACCGGUUCAAGCAGGAGGCCAUGGAAGCUAUUGAGGACAUCCAUUCGCGCGGGAAGACGGCCAUUCUUGUUGGAGGCACCCAUUACUAUUUGCAGAGCCUGCUAUUUCUGAACCGGACUCUGGACGGUACCCAGGCCGCCAAAUUGUCUGAAGAGGAGCAGGCGAUCCUGGACGGGCCUGCUGACAAGGUUUUCGAGACGCUCAUGCAAAAAGACCCGAAGGUUGCACAGAAGUUCCACCCAAACGACCGACGUCGUGUGCGGCGUGCCCUGGAGAUCUAUUUCUCCACGAAAACCAAAACGUCCGAGCUGUACGGCCAGCAGCGGCAGCAGACGGCGUCGACGCUGCGAUACAACACGCUGUUUUUUUGGCUGUAUGCGAAAACGGCUGUUCUGGACACCCGGCUGGACUCGCGUGUGGACAAGAUGAUCCAACACGGAGCUCUGGACGAGGUGCGCCAGAUGAACGAGUUUUACCAGCAGAUGGAUCCGAAGAUGGAGCUGGACCGUGGCGUCUGGCAGGUGAUCGGGUACAAGGAGCUUGUUCCGUGUCUGGACUCGAGCGAGAGUCUGGAGUCGUGUGUCGAGACGAUGAAAAGAGCCACCCGACGGUAUGCGCGCAAACAGGUGCGGUGGAUCGCCAACACUCUGUCGCGAGAGCUGGCGGUCGAGGAGGAGCACGGCUGGAUGAACGGCGGGCGAAUCAUCACCCUGGAUGCGACCGAUUUGGACUCGUGGGAGCAAACGGUUGCACAACGGGGCAUUUCUAUUUGCAACGAGUUUCUGGCAGGAUCCACUUUGGCCAACUACGAGGCGGUACCCAAGUCGCUGCAGGACGAGCUGAAACCGAAGGAGACGUUCGAGUACAACGACGAGACGAAAUGGAAGCACUACUACUGCGAAACAUGUGUGGAUAGCGACGGGAACCCGAAACUGUUUCUGGGAGAGCACAUUUUUUGGCACUUAUUUAGCCAGCUUUUUCUCGGAAGAGGAUCCUUGCGAUUCGCGGACGUAGUCGUCGUUGCUGAUGACGUGCUCCUCGAUGAGCUCGGAGGCCAGGUCGGUGGUGUCUGGUUCCUGCGGAAUGAACAGGUUGAGGAAGACACCAAGGAAACCGGUCACGGCAAAGCCGGUUUCCAUCACCAGGACGAUGGCGUUGAAGAAUCCAGAAAGCGAUUUGUUGUCACCGGAGUAGGUGAAGACGUUGUCGAACCAGUCACCAACAAGCGUGGCGCCGAAACCGAACAUGAGCGAGCAGGUCAAGAUGAAUCUGUCUCUUCUUGUGAAAGGAGUGGUGGAGAUAAUCUUGAGACCGGAAACAGCAACAGAGGUGAACAGGAAGGUGGUCAUUCCUCCGAGCACGGCGCUUGGGAUGGCAACCAAUGCAGCGGCGAACUUCGAAAACACUCCCAUGACAAUCAAGAAGAAGCAGCACCAGUAUCCAACGGUUCUGGAUGCGCACUUGGUGAUGGAGAUGACACCGUUGUUCUGGGCAAAGGUGGACAUUGGGGUCAUGGUCAUCAAAGCGGCGAUGAUACCAUUGAAACCGUCGGCAAGCACACCUCCCUGGACUCUGGACUCGUACAGCGGACCCUCGAUGUCUGUUCUGGACACAUCACAGGUGGCGGUGAUAUCUCCGAUUGCUUCCAUCAUCAGCACGAUGUAGCACGCCAAAAACGGCAGCACAACGGGACCAUAAACGGAGAGUUUGAAGGUGUGGACCCACAUGAAGGUGACGGCUGGAGCAGCGUCGAUGUUGUCGUGCGAGAAGUAGCCACAAGCAGCAGCGACAAUGCAGCCGACAAGCAGUCCAACAAUGACAGCACAGGACUUCAUGAUAGGAGAACCCCAUUUUUCACAGAUAAUGAUGGCGACGUAGACAAGGAAACCGAGACCGAUGAAUUGGGCGGAUCCCCAGUUGUAACCUUUGGCACACGAGUUGGCAGUGUCUACACAGCUGGAGCCACCAACGAAAUCUUCGAAACCGGACGAAACUAG